AUGGAGCUGGAGUCACCACAAGACCUGUCCCGCUCAGAUCACAUCGCCAAGCGGGUAUCCCGCGCGUGCCUGCAUUGCCGCCAGCGUAAAUCCCGAUGCGACCUAGAUAGCAACGGCAAUCCCGGUAAGCCGCCCUGCCAGCGCUGCGUACGCGAGAACCGCGACUGUGUUCUGGGCGGCUCCAACCGCGGCGGGCGCCGUAUUCGCAAGAAUAAAAUCAAGAACUUCACCCCGGGUAUUCUGUCGCCCGGAAAGGACUCGGAUACGUCUAGUCCCGAUAAUAGGAGACAUUCUGCUUCUUAUCCCGGUCCUGUGGUCUUUUUGCCGCCGAAUCCGCCUACCUCUGCCGGUGCUGUGGUGGACGAUGAUGAGACCGCUUCCAUCGGCUCUGUCCCGCGCAACCCGUCAGAUGCCUGGCAGUGUCUGACCGGUAUUGCUACUCAGGGCGGUGCAGACCCUGCCGCUAUAUCAGCGCACACCAACCCUCGCUCAGGUAGCAUUUCCUACUCUGGCCUGCGCAAUGGGGUUCCCGACUUCACUACGCCCAGCACGGGCAUCAGAGCAUACCGCCUGGUCCAUUCGCGUUCUCUGGACCCGGAAACUGUGUGGCAACUUGUGAUGCGCUACGAAGCCAACUUCCACCCGUAUCUGCCGUUAGUGCCGCGCAAGUAUUUCCAACGCCCUGCGCUGGAUGACUUUGCCACCAACGAAAAGCAUCUGCUGACUGCCGUCCUGACCAUCGCCUCGAAAGAUCUGGUCGAUCGGCCCGAGAUCCAUGAGUACUGCUCGAAGUAUAUGCACGAGCUAAUCUCAGGUAUCGCAGCUGGUGCCGAAUGCGAUGUCGAAGCCGUGGAAGCACUCCUCUUGCUGGCCGAGUGGGAGCCACAGGGUCUGCGUCCACGCAUCGAACGCGUGGGACGAGGCGAAGAAGAUCGCGCGGCGUGGAUGCACGUCGGGCUUGCACUGCGGUCCGGCUACUUCAUCGGACUGGAUCGAACGUCUUUUCGAGGCGAUCCUUCUGGGGAUCAAGAAACGGAAGCGCGUCGGCGACUGGCCUGGGCCAGCUGCUAUGUCUCGGAUAGGUUAAUCUCCGUGCGAAUUGGGCGCGCAUUCUGGUCUCGCGGACCAGGUCCAAUGACUGGGUUGUCCAGCCAAGAUUUCCCGUCGCUGCAGCCCGUCAAGGAUGGCGAUGAGGAUUAUGCAAAGAUCUUUCAGGCUAUGCUGGAUCUGACGCAACUAUAUGGCAAUGUCCACGAAGUGCUGUACUCCGGCAUGCGCGCCAGCAAUCAAAUGAUGCUGAUGGGCGACUACGUCAAGUACGUGGAUGACUUCCGGCUUGCCAUCUUACGAUGGAAAUCACUCUGGGGCUCGUUAGACUGUUCUCCACCGAUGCGGGCGACGUUGCAGCUGUCUUACGAGUACCUGCGUCUAUACACGACUGCUUUCGCCUUUCAGGCUGCUAUUUCUCAGUCGCUGGUGAAACCCAAGAGCGACGGAGUGUCUCACCGCGAACAGCUGCGGGCUACGUUUCGGAAUGUGGCGUCGAUGCAGGAUUCUCGCUUCAUCUAUGAGUCCGUCGAUGCGGCCAAGGCAUACUUGACUAUUCUCGUGGACUCGGUUGAUCCAGAGAGACAUUUACAUUUCAUGCCGUUACGAUUUUACCUGUAUGCCAUCUACUCCGCCGUCUUUCUGUAUAAAGCGCGGUCGUUCGGCAUGAUGGUUCCCUCCGAGGAAGCAAAAGUGCAAGGCCUAGUCGCACGAACCACCGAAAUCCUUAAACAAGCAAGCGCCGGACCAGACGAUAUUGGAUCUCGGUAUGCGCGGCUGCUCGAGCUUCUCUGGAAAUCCAAACCGCCAAUGGGCAAGACCUCAGCAGAAACACCACAGAGUAGCGACUUUGCAAUGCAAAGCGCGCUCUCAAAUCCAGUUACCGAACACAGUAGCUACAUGCACUUCAGUCCCGCUAACGAUUUCUCAUGGCUCGAUCUCGAGGCCGUGGGCGACUAUGUGUCUGGCGACCAAAUCCCCGGUGCGGGCAUGCUGGGCUUCGAUGCGUUCCAGAAUGCCAAUGCCGAACUGUACCAGUCUGAUCAGAAUCGGUCACAGGCAUGGCAGCCUGCGUGGAUGGGUGAUCUGAGCAGCAAUCUCCUCUUCUGA